AUGCAGCGAGGACGAGGGCGACCAAAUCGCUCGACCCAGCGCGGAGGGGGACGAGGCGGGAGGGGAGGAAACACGAAUGACAGCUCACCCCGCCCAACAAGACCGCGGCCAGCGUACACAUCUGUUCCUCCAAUACGAGCAAUCCACCCUGGAGGCGGCGUCUCGAUUGUUCUCAAGGAAGACCAACAAUCCGGUCACCAAGUCAAAGGCAUAGUUGCAGACCUGCUGACACGCGGAGACCAUCCUCGUGGAGUCAAAGUUCGGCUUCGUGAUGGCAGGGUCGGUAGGGUACAAGGCCUCGUUUCUGAAGCCGAGGGUCAGCAGGGUGAAGCCGUCGUUGGCGGGCCUGACGCAAAUCUGGGUCGAAACGGUGAAGGGGCCGCAAGCGCAGGGAGAGGAGGCAGGAGGGGCGGGAGAAUGGAAAGAGAUAUCAGAGAAGACGACGACUAUCUUUACGAAAAUCGGACUUCGAACCAAGACCAAGGGCUGUUCGCAGCCUUGGAAGAGGCGGAUAAGAGGCAUGAGCAGAGCAAAGCUGUACUACCAUCUCCACCACUUCUACCAGAAGAGAGUGCGGUCUGCCCGGUAUGCUACAAGUUCGAAGGCGAUGAGGCUGCAGUUGCGCGUCAUGUUGAAGAGCACUUUGCCGAUUGA